UUGACGGAAGCCCUAAGCAGAUACACCUCCAUUCAUUUUAUUUUCUUCUUUUUUAUUAUAUAACAAGACAAAGGUUUAUGCUUCUAAAAAAACGGAAGUUCAUCAAGUUUCCACUAGAGGCUUUUCCCAAAAGUGAGUCAAUCCCCAUAAGGCCCAAGUUUACCCAAACCUUUAAAGGACCAGCUCUCUGUAGACCUUAGUGAACCCAGCAGACCAGGAUCUGGAGUUUCAUUCCGUCCUGAUAGAGGAUUUCAGCUGCUGAACAGUUCAGGGUCUCCUUGGUCCUGUUUUUGGGGUCAUGAUGCUCCAAAUGUUUUCAAGUCAGGACUGCAUCAGUCCAGUUCCUCAGCAGGACUCUUCUCCUACAGAGUCAUGCUGUUGUCAGAAUGUGGUUUGGGAUCAUAUGAAGGUCUUCCCUGAAAAUAGCUUUGUCUGGAUGGACGCAGAUGUUGAUCCUAAACCUGGAAAAAUUGUUCAGUAUUAAAGGGAUAUUCUGGCAUAACAUUAAUUUAGGGUCAAACACACCAUAACACUGAGUUAGACACCCCCUCCAGAGAUGAAUGUUGCCGACCGCUUGCUUCUCUAGUUAUACCAACUUUAGUAACGACCCAAUUUUACGCCGGAAUAUCCCUUUAACGUCAAUUUCUCUGUUAACCUCUCUUGUGGAUUUUGGCGCCCCCUGUGGAUAUGGUUCUUGCCUUCCUUGUGGUUCUCAAUUAAAUUUGUCACUCUUGAAUUUAAAGACUACCUGAUGGUUCACAAACUUUUGAGUAAACUUGAUAAACCAGUUUAUCAGACCGGUUUGGUCUUCCUGUUGGGGGUUAUUGGUCUGUUAUUUCACCCUCAGAGUCUGGGUUAGAGACUUUUUGAAGUAUAGAUUAUUUUACAUCUAAAUUUCUGAACUGAAUCAUCUCAGAUUUUUACUCCAGUGUUGUUUAAUUCUGUAUUUUUGCAGUAACCUCAUUUUCCAUCAGGCGGCAGCAGAGCGACGGAAGUCAACCAUGUUGACUACGCGUCACUACGUCAUCCCUGUGCGACAUCAGCCGGCUCCGGACAGCUGGUUUUGGUUCGAUAAAAGAGUGGAGGAGGUUCGAGGGUCUGAUAAGUUCUGAUAAGGAGCAGGUCAAAGAUCGAUGGUUCAGACUUGUUUUUAAGUAUUUAAAGUUGAAUUUUAACUCUCAGUGAGUUCAAAUUAAUUAACCGGAAAUCUGGAGCUGCACGUGCACUCAUUUUAGAGAAAUUAUCAUCAAAUAAAACUUAAAAAAAUAUAAAAACAAUUGAAAACGGAUCAAGAACUUCCUGGAAAUGUCCACACACGGAAAGAAAAACGGCAUACCUGACAGGUAAGAGACAGUGACCUGUUUUCAACCUUUACCUGCUUCGUUAUUUAUCAGCCUGAUUUAUCGAUAAUCAGUAUUUACCCUGAUUGAUUAAAGGUGAUGGGGGGUUGAAGGGGUUUGUGCAGAUGUGGGACAUUAAAUAAAAACAGUAAAUAUAUAAAGUAAACUGAUGAAAACAUGUGGUUUGUUUGUUUAUUAUGGAUCCCCAUCAGUUCGGACCUUAGUCAGGACUAUUCUUCCUGGGGUCCAGACACUGAUACACAACUGUCAAUACAUCGUACAAUAAAUUACAGACAAUAAAAUACGAUUAUAUCAAUAAAAAUUUACAAAUGCGAAACGACCUUUAGUUUUCAAAACCUAGAAAAAUUAAAUUUCUUUACUAAUAAUGGCCUCUUUAAUUUUCUUUUUGAAUCUCCAUUUGCUUUCAAUGUUAAUCAUAUGUGGUAGAUGCCGAUUCCAAUAUUUCACUGCUCUAUACAGUGCAGUUCUCUUCGGAGCCUCUGUUCUUGGUAGAGGCAGGAUGAAAGAAGCGUUGAAGGCAUGCCUGGUUACAUAGCCAUGCCUAUUGUUAGCCUGAAGCCGCAACACUAAAUUAACAGUAGGGAUGUGCCGAUAUACGAUUUAAUCGCAAUAUGCGAUAUUAAACGGCCGAUGAAAUCGUAAGGUACUGUAAUAAUCGCUCCACAAUUAUAAUGUGAAGACGAGUGGCAGCAUCAGUCAGCGGAGGCGAGUGAAGCCGAGUAUUUACCAACCUAACCCACUUGUAGUCUUACCCACGGUGUCAAAGCCUCGGUAGCAAAAUGUACAAACAAACCACCACAAAAGUAGUCCCAAAUCCAAAUGAACAAAAACGGGAACAUUAAAAGAGAAAGUGAACAAAUUUUAUAACAAAAUGAGUGGCCACCCACAAUGCACUGCGGCCACUCAAAGCACGAUGGGAGCAUGUCCACAAUGCAUCCCAUCCGCUCAUUAGCUUCUUAAAGUGGAGGAGAUAUGAUCUGAUAGUUUAAAAACACGAGUAUUGGAUCACGACAACAUGUCAAAUGGAGCAGCAAACUUUCAUUCUUUUUUUAUGUGUCCCAAAAAUGCACAUAUAGAGAUGUACUUGGGUAUAUAAACUGUGCAGUAAGCUAUUGAGGUAGAGAGCAUUACAUUUUCGGGACAGGGAAUAUCCCGAAUCAGAGGGCUAUUGUUUUCGGUUUAUCUGAAUAGUCUGAAUGAAAUCAUUAAAGGCACACGCUUUAGAAUUCAUCCAACAGUGAGGAAAACUCUGACUUUUCGUCUUAUGUACUUUCGACCGCGCUCCCGGGGUGCAUUCAACAGCAGGGGUGCAUUCUACGGCAUAACAUUUUGUUUUUAAAUGGCCAGUUUUAAAGCAUCUGUACUAAAAACUAAAGAAACUAGAAAUUAGUUCAUCAUUUUAUUAAACAGAUCUGUUGUGUUGCCAGUUUUUAAGGGCACCGAACACUGACAUACCUUACACAUCAGCAUAAUUUCUCAACGUCACUUUGGAGAUACCCGAACUGCCACACAACCGACACACAAAAUAAUUUUCGUUCUCAACAAUAACAUCUUCGGAGGAUGACUCAAAGUCACGUCUGACAACUAUCUUGCUGCCCUCAGCACCGCAUUUAGCUUCCCGUUCGGUUGUUCUGUUCACUUCUCUGGCAACUUACAGAGGUAAGCAGGAAAAGCUCGACUCUGAUUGGCUGCUGUGACGCACAAUUUCGCUUUCGCUAAUUUUAAUGCUUCUUGAGACGUUGAUUUGUACAUGUUUGAUAUGUGAUUUCCAAGUAAUUCUGUCGUCUAUGGAGACCCCCAAAAAUGUAAUUUCGUGAACUCUUUCUAUCGUAACUCCCUCUAAUUUGAUGAAUUCUUCUGUGUUUCUCUCCCACAGGUGGCUCGAUUACAGCGCCGUUGGGAAAAGGCUUCAGGGGACACGUUUCAUCGCCUUCAGAGUUCCUCUGAAAGCGGUCAGGAGACUUGCCUCUGAUCUUCAUGUUUCUGUAAAUGUGUUUUUUUUUGUCAUUGGUGUGAUGUUUUCAGGUUAUAAUCCUUGUGUCUCACUCAGUCUCUGAACCGUAAACUGUCGAGACAUGAUGUGUUCGGACCCUGGGAGCUGCUCGACGCUCUGAACAAAGAGAACCAAGAGCUGGGUUUGAUCAUUGACCUCACCAACACCACACGCUACUACAACCCCGCGGUAAAAACAGACACAAACACCCUCAGAGGUUUUUUCAAACUGUAGGAUCAUUUGUUUCUGAACUUAAACGCUCCCUCUGUUCCUGCAGGAUUUACCGGAGUCUCUGCUGUAUGUCAAGAUCUUCACAGCCGGACACGAGAUUCCCAAAGACCACACGAUCCUGAGCUUCAAACGAGCCGUAAGAGACUUCCUGAGGAACAACGCGGACAACGGUAAGAGAGUCAGAGUAUGAUGGAUAAAUAAGGAGGAAAUAGAGUCAUGCAUCGUGGAAUUCAACACCUUUACUUUUGCAGACAAGCUGAUUGGAGUCCACUGCACCCACGGUCUGAACCGAACUGGAUACCUGAUCUGCAGGUGAGCACCCCGUUAAAACCUGCAGAGCUGCUUUAAGUGGGAUUAAGAUGGUGAUUUCACUGACUGUGUGUGUGUGUGUGUGUGUGUGUGUGUGUGUGUGUGUGUGUGUGUGUGUGUGUGUGUGUGUGUGUGUGUGUGUGUGUGUGUGUGUGCAGGUAUCUUAUAGAUGUGGACGGGAUGGAUCCUAAAGAGGCGAUACAGUGUGAGCUCUCUUAAUUUUGAACAAAUGUCUGAGUCAGAGUUUAUUUCUGGAUUAUCUCUCAGAAUUUCUGAUCUGAUUUAUUUUCAGUGUUUAACUCGUCGAGGGGUCACAAGAUCGAACGACAGAACUAUCUGAAUGACCUGCAAACGGGACCGAAGAGGAGGUGACUAAAUGGAGACUUAGAGGAGCUCAAAUACUCUGAUUUAAAUUUUGUUUUUCACGCUCACUCGUGUGUUUUUAUCAUUUUUAAAAACAGUAAUGUGGGGAUGGAGGAGUCCGAGCAGAGACCGAUAAGAGGAGGCGCCACACAUCGACCAUCAGACUCAAACAGCAGAGACGAGAGACAACCUCCCCUCAGUGACUCCAGACCGCACAGGUAGAGAGGAGGAACAGGAACAGGAACUGAACUGACUAAAUCUAAAAGAUGAAACAACAGUCGUAAAGAUCUGGGAAAAAAAUGGAUUUGAUUCAAAAUUAAAAAAAACACUAAAAAAGGUCGGAGAGAAAAACUCGUUCAGUGACAGAAACUGUCCCGUGGUCUGAUGGAAAUCGUGAUCGCUGCAUCGUCCUCUCUGAAGAGAAGAGGGACCACCGAGCCAGAGUCUAAAUCCAGCAUCCCUGAUGGUCUAGGGAUCAUGAUAGUAAUAAAAAUGGUAAUAUAAAUAAGAGUAAAAUUAAUAAUAAAAAAAAAUAAUAAUAAUAAGAAGAAAAGUAAUAAUUAUCAUUAUGAUUACAAUGAUAAGCCUUACAACAAUAAUAAUUACAAUUAUAUUAAUCAAAACUAUAGUAAUAAUAAUAAUUAUUAACAUUAUUAUUAUUACUAUUAUAAAAUAAUGAAAAUAAUAAUCCUAAUAAUUAUUAUAAUUAUAAAAAUAAUAACAUCUACAAUAAAAAUUAUUAUUAAAACUUAUAAUAUAUUUUGAUAAUAGUAAGAAUUAAAAUCAUAAGAUUAAUAAAUUGAAUUAAAAAAUAAUUUAUAUAAUGAAAUAUAAUAAUAAAUAAAAAGGUUAUAUGAAAAAUAAUAAACUUAAUAAUUAUCCUUAUUAUUAUUUUAAUAAAUUAUAAUAAUAACAAUAAAACUUAUAUUUAUAAUUAUAAUAAUUCAAUUAAUAAUUCAAUUGUUAUUAUUAUUAUUGUUGUUUGUGAUAAUAAUAAUAAUAAUUAUUAUUAUUUUUAAUUAUUAUUAUUAUUAUAAUAACAAGAUAAUGGGUAAAGUAGUAAUAAUAAAUAAUUGUGAAUUAAAAAUACAUUUAGUAAUAGUAAUAAUAAUUUAAAUAUGAGUUAAAAUUAUUGUAUCAAUACUAAUAAAAUUAUUAUUAUUUAUAAUAGUUAUCCUAAUUGUAAGAACAAUUAUGAUAAUAAUAUAAUUAUUGAUCAUAAUAAUAAUCACCUAAAAUAUUAUUAAGGUGUCUUUUUCUUUUGUCAGUGUUUGACAGACUACGGUGAAGAUGUUGAUGAUAAUGAUGAUGGUGUAAACACAGGAUAGAUGUUGGUCUUGGUCUCAUGAAGACCAGGAUCAUCUAAAAUCAGGUUUUUCCAGGUGAGCAUGUUUGUCUUUGUCUCUCUGCAGAAAUUUUCCUCCCAGAGACAGAAGCCCUCGCCUACGUCAGCCGUACCCUCACAACGGCCUCCUCCCUCACCCUCCUCCUUCUUUCCUCCCUCCAAUGGGAGCAGACCUCCACCCUUACCCACGAGGCCCCCUGUAUCCCAACAUGAGCCAGUGGAGGAGACCUCCUCACCCAGAGGAGGGCAGGUCCAAGUAUCCUCCAGACGAUCGGGAGUGGAGGACGUCGACCCGCUGGCCUGAGAACAGCAGGAGAGCGCCUCCUCCUCCUCCUCCUAUCCUCCCCCGGUACUCCCCACAGUGGACCAACGAGUCCAACAGCUUCAACAGACAUGAGGAGGACUGGGUCUCUCAGAGAUCGAGAACCAGACACUCUGACAGACAAACACACAGGGACAGACCCAGCUCGUAUAAGAACCACUGAUGUGAGAGGGGGGGCGGGGCGCUCAUCCAAACUCUGCAUGGAGUCUGAACCGGGUCUGAAAACAGCUGGUUCACAUCAUUUAACCCUGCAGCAGGUGGACAAGCUGGACCAUAAUCCUCCAUUUAAAGACAGGAUCCCUGCAGAAACAGCCGAAAAACACAGAUAUCUUUAACAGUAAUCCGUCUUCAAGCCACCAAACUCCAUUGAGAAAAUCAGAGAUUUUUCCUGCUCUGAACACAGGAGUUAUUUUUCCACUAGUGCAGUGAUUAUUCAGGUUUUUUGUGUGAUAAGGAAAUAUUCAGUUGAUUUUAAAUGGACGAAUUUAAACCCCAAACAAAAACAAUCUUACCAACCCAGCAAGUAAAAAUGCCAUUUGGUUGAUUUUUUUCUGUUGAAUCGUCUAAAACACCAAAUAAACCAACUCCUUGUAGGAGUUGGAGGAAAGGCUGACUGGACCGGUACACUAAAUCCCUGAGCCCACCCCCCUUUGUUCUACAUGAUCUAUAGUUCGAUUAGCUGCUGUUGUAAUGUGGUGUUUAGCUUCAUGAAGGUCUAAAGUCUGACUUGGACAGGGUUUUGUUUCCUCGUGGUGAGACCGAACAGCUACCAUGUGGUCCUGAAAUCAUCCAAACUUUCCUGUGUUUUCUGGAGGGAGGAGGAGGGGUAAAAAUCUGAAAAAGCUUCCUGAUUGGACGGCAGAGCUUGAUGUCAGGUUUAGUCCAGGCUUUUACAGGUUUAGUUUGGUCAUCCAGUGAAAUAUGUUUCCUUAAAAAGAGACGGAGAUGAUUGUUUAGACGACAGGAUUAUGUUUCAGACUUUACAGCCUGUUUCUGAGCUGCGGGUUUGACUGAACCAACUUUAAAACUUUUUUCCCCUUUAACAUUUUAAACAAAAGUUCAGGAUCUCAUUAUAAAAAAACAGCAGAAUUUCCCUUUUUCCCUGAAGCCUGAUUUUUGUCCGCUGACGUGCCUUCAAACUGACCUGAAAUCAGCCUUGUGUUGGGGAAGGAGAAGAGCUGUGAGCAUGCUGGAAGUUUUGGACUCUGUUAUAAAAUUAUCUUCUUUUUUUCAUGUGGAAGACACCAGAACAAACCUGCAGACUAAGUUUGAUGUUUGGAGAGAAUAAACUAAACUAAAUCAUC